AUGGAUUUAGUAUUGGAAGUUGCCGACUAUUACUUGUUGGAUAAAGCCUACGCUCAAGUCUUACCCAAAGGAGGAGCAGUCGAUCAAUUCAUACAAAAUAGUCAAGUAUUACAAACAUUAAAUGCUAAACAAUAUAAUUGGAGUGCCCUUAAUACUAAUUUAACUAUAAGUGAUUCCUUAUUAAAUAAUCCUAUCCUUUCUACCAUAUUUAAUAAAGUUAUUAACUAUCAAAAUAAGUCAGAAAUAUAUGGUUUACCAAAUUUAUUAGGAACUACUGAAUAUAUCAAUGAUUCGUUCUUGAGUAGAUCCAAUUUAUUUAGAGAAGGUUUUUCCAUUUUUAUUAUUACAGCUAUCUUUGGUUGGCUCUUAUACUUUUCAGUUGCUACUCUUUCUUAUUUCCUUGUAUUUGAUAAGAAAAUCUUCAAUCAUCCUAGAUAUUUAAAAAAUCAAAUCUUUUUAGAAAUUGAAAGAGCUGCUACUGCUAUUCCUGUUAUGGUAUUAUUAACAGUUCCAUUUUUCUUAUUAGAAUUAAAUGGUUAUUCUUUCUUAUAUAUGGAUAUUAAUGAAUGCACUGGUGGUUGGAAAGCAUUAUGGUUACAAAUUCCUAAAUUCAUUUUAUUUACUGAUUGUGGUAUUUACUUUAUUCACAGAUGGUUACAUUGGCCAUCCAUUUAUAAGAAUUUACAUAAACCUCAUCAUAAAUGGAUUGUCUGUACUCCUUUUGCUUCCCAUGCUUUCCAUCCUGUUGAUGGAUGGGCUCAAAGUUUACCUUACCAUCUUUAUCCUUUAUUAUUCCCAUUGCAUAAGGUUCUUUAUUUAUUCUUGUUCACUUUUGUUAAUUUCUGGACUGUAAUGAUUCACGAUGGUCAAUAUUUAUCUAAUGAUCCAUUUGUCAACGGUACUGCUUGUCAUACUGUUCACCACUUAUACUUCAACUACAAUUAUGGACAAUUCACUACUUUAUGGGAUAGAAUUGGUGGAUCAUACAGAAGACCAGACGAUUCCUUAUUUGUUAAGGAUGCUAAGAAGAGUGAAGAUGAAAAAGUUUGGAGAGAACAAACUAGACAAAUGGAAGAAAUUAGAGGGGAAUUAGAAGGUAAAGUUGAUGAUAGAGAAUAUAUCAGAGCUUAG